AUUCUUCCCCCCCUCCAUUGCAAGAACCCUUGGCACGAAUUCUAUUUAUUUGAAUCUCAAGAUUACUAAAAAAUGUCUUACUACACCCUUGCCGAAGGUUGUCCCUACGCCAGAAAUGACACUAGUGUCCAAGUUCGAAAUGGCUCAGGUGGUGGUCUGGUUUUACUUCAAGACACCCAGCUAAUUGAAACAUUGGCUCAUUUCUCUCGCGAGAGAAUCCCGGAGAGAGUCGUACACGCAAAGGCUGCCGGGGCGUAUGGAGUGUUUGAGUGCACUAAUGACUGCACUGAUAUAACCUCGGCCAGCUUUCUUAACAAAGUGGGAAAAAAGACUGAUGUUCUUUGGCGUGUCUCGACUGUGGGCCCUGAAAGUGGCUCCGCAGAUACCACUCGAGACGUUCAUGGCUGGGCGAUGAAGUUUUACACGGAUGAAGGAAAUUUGGACUGGGUUUUUAAUAAUACACCUGUUUUCUUUGUCAGAGACCCAAUUAAAUUCCCAUCCUUGAACAGGUCUCAUAAAAGACACCCUCGGACUCAUCGACCCGAUGCGAAUAUGUUCUGGGAUUUCCAUGUUGGUAACCCGGAAGGAAUCCAUGAGCUCAUCCACUUGUUCAGUGACCGGGGAACACCUGCUUCGCUUCGUCAUAUGAAUGCGUAUAGUGGACAUACUUACAAGUUUACUAAGGAGGAUGGGUCUUUCAAGUAUAUCAAGGUCCAUAUCAAAUCCCAAAUCGGCGUGAAAAACUUGAGUACAGAGGAGGCCACACGCAUCGCGGGAGAAAACCCCGACUUUUUGCUCCAGGACGUAUUCGACGCAAUCGAAAGUGGAAAUUACCCAACUUGGAACGUCUAUGUCCAGGUCAUGGAUCCCAAGGAGGCUGAGACUUACAAGUGGAACAUUUUUGACAUGACCAAAGUUUGGCCUCACCAAGACUUUCCACUGAGACAGAUCGGAAAGUUGACUUUGAACCGUAACCCUCAAAAUUAUUUCACCGAUAUCGAACAAGCGGCCUUUUCUCCGUCAACUAUGGUACCGGGAUGGGCACCAUCUGCCGAUCCUAUGCUUCAAGCUCGAAUGUUCGCCUACCCCGAUGCUGCACGCUACCGUCUAGGCACAAACUACCAAAUGCUCCCGACGAACAAAGCCCAAGCACCCGUUUACUGCCCCUUCCAGCGAGACGGCCUGAUGAACUUCUCCAACAACUACGGUGAUGAUCCCAACUACGUUGGCUCAUCGUUGCGUCCAACUUCAUUCGCCGUAAAUAGCGCUGGAAAGGGCCCCGCAAGCACUAUUACGGAGCAUGAAAAGUGGGUUGGGGAGGUGAGCACAUUUACUAGCACACUCCAGCAUGAGGACUUUGAGCAAGCAAGAGGCUUGUGGAAUGUUCUUGGUCGGGAGCCGGGCCACCAGGACCGGUAUAUCGCCAAUGUGUCCAGCAAUGUCAAGAAUGUGACUAGUAAAGAGCUCCGAGAGAAAGUGUACUAUCUUUACCACUGCGUUGAUCCAAAGCUGGGUCAGCGUUUGAAGGAGGCUACGGAAGCCAAGGUCUGAUACUCUUACAUAAGAUAAAGCUAUAUGUACAUGUGAUUUUCAAUCUACUAUAUAGGCAUAUUUGAAACCUACUUCACCUAUUUCAUAAUCUCUUUAAUUAAUUAUGCCACAUUGCUAGACUACUAUCUUUGGCUAAUAAGAAUAUAGUUACAGCUUUACCCUGCCAUUUCUAUAUAUUAUUUUAACCUUUAUUAUACUCACCUAGGAGAAUAGGGCACAACAAAAAGGGUAUAAGCAGGUGAAGCUGGUUUUGGAUCUGCGUGAUUCAAGAAUUACAAAAACUGCGGUAGACUGGUAAUGCGGUUACUAAAUGUCGAAAAAUACAUUCUCCUACUUCAAUAUAUACGUACUGUACCACUUUCUAUUCUCCAGAAUUAUUUACCAGUCCCUAUAUUCUAGUUAGUAUCCCUAGUUUGAACCUCGAAUUAUGAUUCAAUUGUCUCGAC